AUGUAUACAGCAUCGCUCGCCUUCUUCGAGGCCCUCUGGGCCGCGGGCGUGACCCACUGCUUCGUGAACCUGGGCUCCGAUCAUCCUAGCAUCAUCGAAGCCAUGGUCACGGGCCAGCGCGGGAAGAAGGAUGCCUUUCCCCGCAUCAUCACCUGUCCCAAUGAGAUGGUCGCCAUGUCCAUGGCAGACGGCUACGCCCGCGUAACAGGCAAACCCCAAUGCGUCAUCGUCCACGUCGACGUAGGCACCCAAGCCCUCGGCGCCGCCGUCCACAACGCCUCGUGCGGACGCGCCCCCGUGCUCGUCUUCGCCGGCGUCUCACCCUUCACCCAAGCCGGCGAGAUGCGCGGCAGCCGCACCGAAUUCAUCCACUGGAUCCAAGACGUGCCCGACCAGAAGCAAAUCGUCAGCCAGUACUGCCGCUACACGGCCGAGAUCAAGACGGGCUUCAACAUCAAGCAAAUGGUCGGCCGCGCGCUGCAGAUGGCGCGCUCCGACCCCAAGGUCCCGCGUACCUCCCAUCGCGCUCGGGGGCUCCCCACGGGUGCCGCGCGCGCCAUUGCCGAGGCGCUGGCCGGCGCCAAGGCCCCGCUCGUGCGACAUGUGUUUCCCGCGGACCACGCCGCGUGGUUGGGUGUGCGGUACGGCGUGCACGAUGCCAUCCGCGAGGCUGACGCCAUUCUCGUCCUCGACUGCGACGUGCCUUGGAUCCCGACGCAGUGUGCUCCGCCCGCUGGUGCGCGCGUUUUUCACGUCGAUGUGGAUCCGCUGAAGCAGCAGAUGCCCGUGUUUUGGAUCCCCGCUCAGGCUCGCUAUCGUGCCGACGCCCGUGCUAGUCUGGAGCAGAUCCUCGACGAGCUCGACCGCGAGGACGGGGGCGCCCUCGCCGCCCGCGUCGCGUCGGAGGAGAACAUUACCGCGGCGCGGUCGCGCGCGGCGGCGCACGCGGAGCUGCUGGCGUCCCUCGAACUCAAGUUCCAGCCGCGCGAGGACGGCUCGUUCGGCGCCGGGUACCUCUGCCGCACGCUACGCCGGGUGUGUCCCGAGGAUGCCAUCUGGGCGGUGGAGGCCGUGACGAAUACGGGGUUCGUGCACGACGGCGUGCUGCCGACGCGGCCGGGGUCGUGGAUUAACUGCGGCGGCGGCGGACUCGGGUGGUCCGGGGGCGGCGCGAUGGGCAUCAAGUUGGCGGCGGAUAAGGAGAGCGGGGGCCGGCCGGUUUGUGGCUGGAACGCGCCGCGCAAUUCGUACCUCCUCGUCCACCCAGACGGCGAGGCCUCUCGCGCGACCAAUGAGGAGAUCAACAUCUCGUUCGACCCGGUGCCGGACUACUCGGGCAUCGCCAAGGCGGCGGCGGGAGGCCAGCUCCACGCUGCGCGCGUCGACAAGGCGGAGGAUCUGGAGCGCGUGCUCGCUGAGGCGGUCAAGGCGGUGCAGGGGGUAUGCCUGCGGUGGUGGACGUCAAGGUCGUCAAGGGGUGUUAGGACAUGA